AUGGCUGUCAAGGAAAAUGACCCAAAACUGAAUGAGAUCGAAUCAGUCUUGAUCAAGAAAUUUGGCGAGACAUUGGCUAAAGGGGCUUUAACUUGGAAAGGAUGUUUUCUCCUCGUGGUUCCGGAUGAAUGGGGAACUGAGGCUUUCACUAUGGGUCUCAACACUCUGAAUUCGGUUGCUUCACGAAAACUCAAGGAAAAUAUGCUAGAGUUCCAGGCAAUGACAUGGGAAGAUGUUUACAAUCGAUGUACGUCGAAGAUUCCCGUAGAAGAUGAACAUAUAGGUUGCUUUCUGGCACAAAGAAAACAAGAAGUUACUGAACACCUUAUUGAGUAUAAAGAGAUACAUAGUGGUAUGUCUUUCAAAGAUAUACAUGAAGCUAGGAAUUUGUUGAGCUUGUAUGCAAUGGUUAAUAAGAAGGAGUUAUUGCUUUUAAAGAGUGACAACAAUAGGUUGAGAUAUAGGUGUGAAGAGGGUUGCCAAUUUAUUUGUCUAAUAUCCAAGGACAAAGGCAGGGAGGGCUGUAGAGUGAAGACAUUAAACACAAAACAUGAUUGUAAUGAGAAGUUUAAGAACGGUACGGUUGAUUAUUUAACCAUUGCACACUACUUCAAGAGGAAGUUGCAAGAUGAUCCUAAGUACAAAUGUAAAAGGGCAAAGAGAAUGAUCUUGGAGAAGCUGGAAGGAAGUUUCAAUGAUGAUUACAACAAGUUGGCGGGUUAUGCCAAAGCUUUGAGGGAUAGUAAUCCUGGAUCUAAUGUGGUUAUUAACUUAUCUAAGGAGGCACUACUUCAAGGCAAAAGAAAAUUCCUUAGAAUGUACAUUUGUUUCCAGGCCCUAAACAUGGGAUACAAAGAUGGUUUGAGGCCAUUUAUUGGUCUUGAUGGCACUUUCUUGAAAGGGAAAGCAAAAGGCCAAUUGUUAGUGGCUCUUGGGCAAGACAACCAGACCCAUUUCUAUCCUCUAGUAUGGGCAGUUGUUGAUAAAGAAACAAAGAGGAGUUAG